AUGCCCAAGGCGAGCUCCUCUUCGGCCCGACCGUCUCUGCGCAGGAACCAGGCCUGCCUCGCCUGUCGAAAACGGAAACUCAAAUGCGACGCCGCCCGUCCUCACUGUGGGACGUGUGUCAAGCAGUGGCAGGCCCUCAUCAGUGUCCCUCCACCAGUAGGCUACGCCCACCCGACAGAACCGCAAUGCUCGUAUGACCCCGUUGACGGUCUGGCCGUCGCACCCGAGCUCGACUCUGCGGAGCGAAUACGUCAACUAGAGGACCAGAUACUGCAGCUCAAGAGUCGGUUGCAGCAGCAGCAGCGCACGCUCGCCUCAGGCUCGGCCUCGCCUCCAUCCGCCACACGCUUCACCCACCACCAUGGCGGCUCCGGCUCGCUAUCCGCAUCCAGCAGUCGCUCCUCGGCAGGAAGCCCGAAUGUUUCGGGCAUGGCCGUAACACAUCCAUCGCUCGACUAUGGCAACGGCUUGUCGACGAACAGCCCCGAUUCGCAGGGCCGGAGCUCUGCGAGCAGCCCGGAGAUGACCAGGCCUGGCAGCGGGCCGGACCCGCUGAUGGACGUGCUCUGUGCAGGAUGGGAUCCCUAUCUCCCAGAGCCGUCUGUCCUCAACCAUUAUGUGGAUGUGUUCUUCCGAUGCGAUCCGUGCAGUACAAGGAUGUUCGACAGACCAGGAUUCCUCGCCUCCCUGCACCUAAACCCACGAGACCCCAAAUUUCCACAUUCUGCCAUCCUACACGCAAUGUGUGCCGCAGCGUCAAGAUAUGCCUCCAGUGAUAGCAUGAUCCUCCCAGACGGCACGCGGCGGGACAGGUUCGCCGAGCUGCACGUCUCGAAAACGCGCGAAUACAUCGACAGCACGAUGGCGACGGGCUCGGACAUCUUCCCCGUGAUGCAGGCGUGCAGCAUCCUCUCGUGGUACUUCUACCAGGAGGGCCGCUGGGUCGAGGUCUGGAUCUUCGCUGGCUUCCAGACGCGUGUGGCCGUCCCGCUCGGGCUGAACUUUCCCGGGACGUUCAGUCACCAGACGAGCAAUGCGCCUGGGGCGUACUUGCCGCCGCCCUCUGACUUCAAGGAGCUUGAGCACAGACGGCGGACAUGGUGGAUGACGAUCAUGUUCGACAGGAUUGUGAGCGUUGGUGGGUGGCUGCAUGCGAUCGACGAGAAGGACAUUGGGACAGAGUUCCCGUGUCGCGCAGAAGAGUUCGAGUCCGAGUCCGACUUCCCGUCCAACCCCCAGAACCUCGCGAGCCUUCAUCUGUACACCCGGCACGAGCCACAAUACACAGACUCGUUCAACCUCUUUUUGAAGGCUGUGAUGCUCUUCGGGCGUGUCACAGACUUCAACACGCGCAACCGGCUCCGCAGCGGCCUCCCGAGCAAAAAUCAGAAUCCGUUCCACCUUCCUGGGUUCCAGGAGCUCGACCGGCUCGUGUGCGCUGACUUCCUGGAGAGCUUCCCGCAGCAGUACAAGCACCUCGGCAUCGGCGGGGACAUGGCGAACUUUGACAGCGAUCUGUACAUGGCGAGGAUCGUGCCGUAUGCGGCAAUGAUCACGCUGCACAACAAUUUCAUUGACUUCGCCAACGACCAGAGCGUAUCUACGAUGCGCUGCAUCCACGCCACCCGCGCCAUCCUCGACGCGCUGCACAAGCUCUCCGAGACGUCGCUCGACACGACGCGUCUCCACCCGUUCAUCGUCAUCUGUUGGUACCUCGCGGCGGUGGUCCAGGUACAGCUCUGCAAGUACUUCAUCGAGCUCGGGGACCCCUCGCGGGAGGGCACCGUCUGGGGCGAGAUCAACGUCCUGCGCUUCGCCAUGAUGGCCUACGGCAAUCGCUCGCCCAUCGGCACGCGCCAAGAGAAGCUCCUGCAGGGCAUCAUGCAGGAGAUCAUCCGGCUCACGAACCAGCCCGAGCCGCUCACGACGGGGGUGCCGCUCUACCCCUUCUCGCACGCGUCGCUCUUCUCGAAGGAGGCCACCUCGCAGAACGAGGUCCCCGCGCCGAUCCCCGGCGUGCGCUCCUUCGAAGCCCCCGGAGCCAGUGCUUGCACACGGUCGCGAGUCGCUCGCGCUCGCGGGGAUGCGUCGGGAGCUGCUUGGGGGGCUGGAAGUUGGCCGGGGAGGGCGUGGUGUGCCUCAGAGGGCAGUGGAGGGGCCCGAGGGGGCAGCCCGCUGGUGUGA